AAGACUCAACUCCUCGACGUUUCUGAAAUUCUGAAGAAAAUUACUCCCGAGCGCGACUACAACAAGCCGCGACUGUGGAGAAGAAAAAUCAAUCCCCGCGCCAUCUGAACCAACGUUGUCGCCGUAGGGUUCUUGUUGUGGUCCCUGGGUUCGUGCUUCGUGGGUUCUUUUACUCACUAUUCACAGUGGAGUUCCUGCGUAGAAAAUCUCUCAGUAUUCACAGCUGGGUUCUUUCGCUUGUGUGCCUACUUCGUGGGUCGACUGGUUUCGUGGAGCUCCCGUUGUUGGUCGUCGUUGCUCUGUUGGUUGCUGUAGUAAGUCGCCGAGCACCAUUGUCGGGGAAAGGGGCGAGUUCUCAGGCAAAGAGUGAGAGAUAGGUCAUUUCUACUAUUUGAUCAGCUCUCUGAGAUUUUCUACUAUUAUGCAGGCUGAAAGGUGGAAAGUAUAGUGGGAUCUUAAGAGGAACAUUUUUGUUCUAUGAUUAGUUCCUCAUUAAAAAAAAAAUCUAAAUUGUUUCUAGUAUUCUUGUACUAAACCUGAGAAGAAGAACAGUGGCUAAGCUUUGUUCAUGGCUUUGGAAAUUGAAUCGACUCCAACUCCGUCCAGCACCUCAUCUGCUUUCCUACCUACAGUUUGCUUGCACAGUUGGUGGUUGGUUAAAGCUGAAAGGGACUUCCAUGGAAAGCUAUUAGCUGUUGCUGGGUACACCUCCCGACAGCAAGAUGCAAAGCGAGUGUUUGUUUCUGCUCCAAUAAUCAAAAGACAUGAUCUAUCUACCUUGGAGACGGCUGAUGGAAUUUAUGUUAUUAUUAUAGGUUUCAUUAAUGAGCUGCACACUAACGAAAAUGGCUUUCCAAGUGAGGUGUUCAAUCAUUUUCUAUUUGGCUUUCCUCCCGACUGGGAGUGCUGUGUUGUCAACUUCUUCAAAGAAGUUGCUACUGGCAUUGAUUCUGGAAAUAUCAUUACUUCUAAUGAAGAGGAGCCAAAAAGUCCAGUUACACCCAUUCAAUCCCAGGGGGAAACGAAUGAGUUGUCAGAACAUUUUGCUGGAGGAUCUGCAUCCAGAAAGUCUAGAACUCUGCCAGGAAAUACUGAGGAUCAAUGUAGUGCAGAGAAAGUAGUCCUUGGGCGUACUAGACCAGAAAUGAUCAACUCUGUCAGAAAAAAGACCAAGUCUAAAACGGCUGAUCCUAAAGGAAAAAUGAAGUCCAUUGCAGCUGACACUACUAGGGGAAGCUUAUCUGUUAGGAGGAGCAACAGGAGAAUAAAUUUUGACUCACAUGAGAAAUUAUCUGCAGUUUCUCCAGAUUUAUCCAAUUUCAGGAGAUCCAGAUCAGGUAGGCUGCUUCUUCCUCCUCUGGAGUUCUGGCGCAAUCAGAUGCCUGUUUAUGAUGCGGACCACAGCCUAACAGAAAUCCUGGAUGGUGCAUCUUUUUUAUCUCCUUGUAGCGGAAGCGGAGCACAAUCCCAGAAAAAGCAAAGGAAGUGAGGGGUUGAAUGAGGCAACACUGGCUAUGAAGUGAAGCAAGAGUAGUCACCCGCAUGUAUUGUCUCUCGUGGUAUUAAGGUGAUUGAAGCUUCCAUUGGAUCAGAUGGCCCUCCCCCUCUGUGAUGCCUUGAUUAAGAAUGCUCAAGCAUCAUGCUCUAGUGACACUGUUUGAACAGGAUCAGAUGUAAAAUAGUCGACUCAUUGUACUUGUGGUAGAGUUUGGUUAUAUAUUUUGCUUUCAUGCAACACAAAUUUAUUCCUCUUUUCUGUGAAUAUGAGCAUUUAAGUGCCUAUUAUGUAGCAUCCCAAUUUUUAUUUUGGAUUUAA